GGUAGUUAAGAACACAAAUACGUACGUAAAGGAUUAAGGACCAGCUUUUGCAAAUGUUUGACGGUCUAGGUCUUGAGAGCGAAGAGCGUGAUAUGCAGAGGCAUCGUCUCGGCCGUCGCCAUAUCCCUCACGGUGGAGCUCAAAGAAGUGAUGUCUUACUUCAGUACGAAGCACCAAACACCACUGACUCCGCUAAGGUCAACUCGAAGCCACAGGAUUCGACCUCAAGUGCGGUGUUAGCGGCGGCACCUCCCGUCCAGGGCGUCCACAAACCGAAAGAUAGUCUCAAUCUAUUCUCAUGGGAGCCGCACAGUGACGUUCCAAAAUUUCGAUCCGGGAAGGGUCGCGCUACCGCCACUGAGGAGGUAUCCCUAAAAACAAUGCAUGAUCGCGGUCCUAUCCUAAGGGAGACCGACGAGCAGAUCCGCAACAAGGAAUCGCAGAAAUUUUCCAUGUGUACAGGCGGUCGCUUUCUUGGAUUUGAAAGUGACAAACCUUGCCCACCGAGGAGGCACCCAAUUGAUCAACCGAUUCAGAAUGCGCCAAGAUAUGGUGUGUCUAAUACUCAGAACAAUAACGAUAAGAUUGUUCGUGAGCGGGGUGGCAAGAAACCAUACCAACAGUCUGGCGACUUUGGUGGACCUAAUCCAUCUGAUGAAGUAGAUGGUUUUCCUGGGCUGAGUCCUCAACGUACAAAGAGGACAGGCCGUCGUGUUUUUUGAUGAUUCGUUUGCUGAUCCUUUCUUUAUGUGUCAUAUAUAAAUCUUCUAGCGAGAUGCUGGAGGCUGGAAGUAAAUGCUUGUGGAAAAAGUAAAAAGAAUUUUGUGAUGUUUACCUGCAAAUAAAGCCUAAGCAUCCUAUUUGUAAAAAAAAAGCGCAUAAAGUAGGUAGGGAAACUUUUUUCUCUACUGGCUAAGGACUCGCUUCGUAUAAUUACAAAUUGACAAUUGGCAUCACCUUUCUUUCCUAGUUUAUUAUGCAUACCCAUGAGUAGACUAUGGGAAAGGGUACCGUCAUUUGAUACUCAAGAGCAGGGUACUGAAGAAAAAAAAUAGAAGUGUACCUAGUAAAGCAACUGCUGAACUUGUGCUUUUUACUACUUUUUACUAUCGACGUUAUAUUUUCUACUCUAAUUGCUUUAAGUUUCGUCCCAAGAUGUUUUAUUUGCUAGAAAAUCUCAACGUCAUUUACUAAUCCAAUUACUUUUUCCAAUGGAGAAUAGACACGAAAGUAAUAGAUAUAUAUCAUGUUUUAGUGAGAAUAAAGGAUCUUUAUAAUAGGAUAUUUGUUUGAUGGAAAAAUAAUAGCCCUAUACGUCCAAUAUGCUUUGUCUGUUUAGCCUUCAGAUCAGGUGUUACGCUUUUCCUAUCUAUGUUUCUAGAAGAA